CCUAAACAAUUUUAGUCAAUUCUCUUAAAAAAAAGAAAGAAUCAAUUCCAUGGCGGAAGAAGAAGAGACGACACGACCGGAGUUUCCAAUCACAAGAGUGAAGAAGAUAAUGAAAGUCGACAAGGACAUCAACAAAAUCAACUCGGAAGCUCUUCACCUCGUCACUUACUCCAGCGAGCUCUUCCUCCGCUUCCUCGCCGAGAAAUCUUCCGUAGUUGCGGCGGAGAAGAAGCGAAAAACGGUUAACCUCGAUCACCUGAGAAUCGCCGUGAAGAGACACCAGCCCACGAGCGAUUUUCUCCUCGACUCGCUCCCUCUCCCUGUCCCUUCCGCUCAUCCCGUCCGAGUCACUAAAACGGUGUCGGAGAGGAAUCCGCCGCCUGUUGGGACCCGUCGCAUCGACGCUUUCUUCAGUAAAGGCAAGGCGAAAGUCGAUUCCCCUUAAUACCCAAACUUCUUCUUUGCUCAAAAUCAUUAACGAUUUUAUGAUUUUUGUUCUGUUAAGUAGUAAAUGUUAUGUUUCAAUCAUCUCUAGUCUCUUGUUCUGGCUAUCUUUACCAAAGUAUUGAUAAUUCUUCAGACAGGAACGUGAUAAGUCCAAAAUGUUUUGAAAUAAGAAGUGAGUUCCGAGCAGUGUAAUCAGUACCCUCUCUUUUUGUGCAAGCAUUUUGAAGGGAAGCAUCAAUAGAUCGCUCAACUUGUUUAAGUAGAUGAAACAAUCUGAAAUUUUCACAAUCUGACUUCUCAUUAUUAUUGCUAUCA